AUAUUGGUUAAUUGAUCAAUUAGUUCUCAAUCACCCGCUUAUUAAUUCACAACUAGUUAACCGAUAAAUUAGUUAACUAAAAUAUUAACCGUUAAUCUAUUAAUUGUUUUAGUUAAUUAAACGGUCCAAACUGAUAUUUAUUUAUAAUUAGUUUGAUUUUUUAAUUAAAAGAUUAAAAAUUAAAUCAGUUCAAUUGAUUUUAUUUUUUCUCAGAGAGUUAAGAUUAUUACUUUUAAUGUAUUUCAACAGAUGAUAGGCUUACAAAAAAAAAAAAAAAAGAAUAAGGAAUAUCCUACCUACUCAUUUAAAGAAGUGUGUAUAUAUAAGUAUGCAGUAUCUAAAAGAGCAAGAAACACAUAUUUUCUAUAAAAUCAAAAUGAUAUUCGAGCUCUUAUCUUCCUUUGCUUUCAUCCUUUUCAUUGUUAUUUACUUCAUACAGAAAAAGCAACGGCAGAAUCUUCCUCCAAGUCCUACAGCCUUACCAAUAAUAGGUCAUCUUCAUCUUCUUAGACCUUUAAUCCACCAUUCUUUUCGUGACAUAUCUUCGCGUUAUGGUCCAUUAAUCUAUCUCAAGCUCGGUUCUGUUCCAUGUGUUGUAGCUUCAACACCUGAACUAGCUAAAGAAUUCUUGAAGACACAUGAGCUUACGUUUUCCGCAAGAAAACGUUCCAUUGCCAUUGACCAUCUUACCUAUAAUUCUUCUUUUGCAUUUUCACCCUAUGGUCCUUACUGGAGAUUUAUUAAAAAGAUUAGUGCUUUUGAGCUUCUUGGAAAUAGAAUGCUGAAUCAGUUUCUUCCUAUUAGAAGGAAAGAAUUACUCCAUUUUCUUCAAGGGUUUUACGCCAAAUCCAAAGCUGGUGAAAGUGUUAAUGUAACCCACGAGUUGGUCAAGUUAUCUAAUAACAUAAUCUCUCAAAUGAUGCUUAGUAUGAGUUCUUGUGAAACAGAAAGUGAAGCUGAGAUUGCAAGAACUGUUAUUCGCGAGGUGACACAAAUAUUUGGAGAGUUUAAUGUUUCUGACUUUAUUUGGUUUUGUGAAAACAUUGAUUUUCAGGGUUUUCGAAAGAGAAUUGAUCACACUUUUAACAAGUAUGAUGGACUGCUCGAGAAGUUAAUUACAGAACGUGAAAAACAAAGGAAGAAAAAUAAAAGUGAUGGAGUAAAGCAUGAAGCCAUGAAUUUUCUUGACAUAAUGCUUGACGUUAUGGAGGAUGAGACUGCUGAGAUGAAGUUAACUAGAGAUCAUAUCAAGGCUUUAUUAUUGGAUUUUUUAACAGCGGCUACUGAUACAACAGCUGUUACACUGGAAUGGGCAUUGGCAGAGCUUAUCAAUCAGCCACAAGUUCUUGCAAAAGCUAGAGAGGAAAUCAAUAGAGUAAUUGGAAAUGAGAGGAUUGUUCAGGAAUCAGACAAUCCAAAUCUUCCAUAUAUCCAAGCCAUUUUAAAAGAAACUUUUAGGCUACACCCACCAAUCCCUAUGGUGGCAAGAAAAUCAAUACAGGAUUGCAAGAUUAGUGGCUAUAAAAUUCCUGCAAACUGUUUGCUAUUUGUUAACAUGUGGUCUAUUGGUAGAGAUCCCAAGUACUGGAAAAACCCUUUACAAUUUGAACCUGAAAGAUUCUUGCAAUCCAGUAAGGAGGACAGCUUGACAAGCUGUAUUGAUAUUAGAGGGCAGCAUUAUCAAUUGUUGCCUUUCGGCACUGGAAGGAGGAGUUGUCCUGGAAUUGCUUUAGCCAUGCAAGAAUUGCCUACAACACUUGCUGCUAUGAUUCAGUGCUUUGAUUGGAAGGUGAUUAAUCCUCCUGGAAUGAAGAACAAUGGUGAUGGUAACGUUGUUGAUAUGACUGAACGGCCUGGAUUGACUGCUCCAAGGGUUCAUGAUCUUGUUUGCACUCCUGUGCCUCUCCUUCCAAAUCUCAUUGAUCCAUCAUGUGAAAACUACUGAGAUUAAUCUAAUGAAAUCUGUGUGCUUAUUAUUCGUAUUCUCUUUUUUUAUUUUUAUGUUUUUGCACUGUAUUGUUGUUUCUUUAUAUUUUUUGUUCCAAUAAGGAUUAUUGUUUGCUUUAUAAUUGGAGAGUUCAUGAAGAUGAUAUCAAAAGUAUUUUUAUAGACAAACUAAGAAUUCAAGUUGCUCCUCAUGUUUAAAUAAAUCUUAUAUCUGGAAGAAGUACCUACAUUAUUUGUUUCUAAAAAUCACAAAGUAGGAACUGUUUUAUUCUUUUUAAUUAAUUUUUCUUUCAAAUAUUUUAUCAUGAUAAUUUAUUAAUUAAAAUAUUUGAUACGUUAAGAUUAUCAUAGUAGGAAAUGUUUUAUUCUUUUUUUUUUUUUUCUGAAAACAAAUAAAAUUUCAACUACACCUAAUUAGUAAAUAUCUCUCUAGUAUAAGGGAUACUAUUUAUAGUCUUUGUAUGACUUCCUAUGUUUAAUUAAAUCCAUAAGUUAGAUAGAGAAAUAAAAUAAUAUAAUAAGAAGGAAAGUGAAAUUCCUCAACAACCCAUCACUUCCUAUCUUCCCAUGUUUAUGUCAAAUGAUACGGUCCAUACACGUAAAUCAUAAAGUUUAUCAUUGGCUAUUAGCACUCUGAUUAUCUUUAGCCAAUUGCUUCAUUUUAUUCUUCUAAUUAAGUUAGCCU